AUGUGUGCUCGUGUGAGAACGAAGACCGUCAAAAAAGCAGCUCGUGUAAUUAUUGAAAAAUAUUACACUAAGCUCACUUUGGAUUUCCAUACCAACAAACGAGUAUGUGAGGAAAUUGCAAUCCUGCCCAGUAAGAAACUGAGGAACAAGGUUGCAGGGUUUGUCACUCACUUGAUGAAGCGUAUCCAGAGAGGGCCAGUGAGAGGUAUCUCCAUCAAACUGCAGGAGGAGGAACGUGAGCGCAGAGACAACUACGUCCCAGAGAUCUCCUACAUUGAUCAACAUGACAUUAUUGAAGUUGAUCCAGACACUAAAGAAAUGUUGAAAGCCUUGGACUUCGGAAACCUUCAAGGUCUGCAGGUCACACAACCCAUCACAGCUGUUCAGGGUUACAGACAGCCACGAAUGUAAAAAAGAAAUAAACAAUAAGCCCUA